UUCAAGCCGCGACCAGGGACCUUCUCACUCUCAGACUCAACCACACACACACAGAAGCAAAAAUGCCUGCAGAUUACAAUGGGCGCUGGGAGAUGGUCAAGAAUGAGAACUUUGAGGGGGUAAUGAAAGCCAUCGACAUCGACUUUGCAACACGCAAAAUAGCAGCUCAUCUGACACAGACUAAAGUACUUGUCCAGAAUGGAGACCGUUUCGAGACCAAGACACUCAGCACCUUCCGCAACUAUGAGGUCAACUUCACCGUUGGAGAGGAGUUUGAGGAACAAACCAAAGGCCUGGACAACAGGACGGUCAAGACACUGGUGAAGUGGGAUGGGGAUAAGCUUGUGGCCGUGCAGAAGGGAGAGAAGGCCAAUCGCGGCUGGACGCAAUGGAUUGAGGGAGACAUGCUAUACCUGGACAUCACAGUGGAGGAUCAAGUGUGUCACCAAGCCUUCAAGAAGAAAGAGUGAUACCUAGGCCUUGCAUCAUCCAAUCCAGCUAUCUUGAUAAUGAAACCCAUUGCACAUUUAAUUAAACUGAAUUCAUAUUAAA